AUGGAAUGUGGAUUUCAACUCAAGUAUGGUAAAAAUGAUUCCGUUCGAAUUACAGUAGUGUGUAAGUUUGCGGCGGCAACAGAUUGUUCGUGGUCAGUUCAUGCGAGGAUGUUACCGUUAAAUGGGGUGUUAUGUAGUAAGAGGUUCGAUAGUGUGCAUACUUGUGGGGCUGCUGUACGUAGGAACCCUCGUUCGAGGUCUGAUUUGGUGUUUACUAUUAUUGCGGAUUGGAUGCGCGAUCAGCCAUUGAUGCGCUCUACUGAUGUUGUGUUUGAUUUGAAAAAUGAGUAUGGUUUGGACAUUAGUUACCGAGUGGCAUGGUUGGGUGUUGAGAAAGCGAGAGGCGAAGUGUACAGGGAUCACGCUAUGUCCUUUGACCAACUCAGAUGGGUUCAAUCAUUGUCGGCCUUUGCUAUUCUUGGAUGGAACGUUUUUGAAAGGGGCCGACGGUACGAGAAGAUGUGCUCAAACGCUGCUGAAUCUUUCAACAAUUGGGUAGGCGAGGCCCAUAUUCUUUCUAUUACUAGAUUGGUUGAUAUGAUAAGGAGUCAAAUAAUGGAGCAGAUGUCAGAACGCAGAGUUAAAUGCACUAAAUGGGCCGGUGUAAUAUGCCCUAAAAUGGAGAAAAAAUUAGUGACGGCCUAUAACGACAACAAGGCAUGGUGUGUGAGCCAGGCUAAUGAUGAUGUGUACGAGGUUCACUCCCAUCCAUCGGUGUUGGUUGAUGUCGUCAAGCAGACAUGUUCUUGUUUUCAGUGGCUAAUAAAUAGGUUCCCGUGUUCCCAUACUGUCGUUGCAUUCCGUAAUUGUGGAAGAAACAUUUACGAUUCGAUAGACUAUGCAUUCUACAUCGAUACAUUUCGAGCUAUUUAUAGCAGAACAAUAUAUCCCAUCCCAACAGUGGAGAGGCCGACGUUUAACCCAACUAACUAUUUAAUAGCACCGCUGAUGGUCAAGCGUCCUCCCGGUAGGCCCAAAUGGAAAAGAAUUUCGUCUAAGGGUGAGGUAGUGCAACGUAUGCGUUGCGGGCAUUGCGGAAAAUUGGGCAAUCACAAUAGGAAGACAUGCAAAGAGCCGUUAUAG